CAAUGGAGGAAAUAGUAUGUGUCCAAUGAUGUAUACGACACAUAUCAAGUAAUGGGUCGCAAAAGAAUAUUGAAAAUUGAUCACUAACAAGAUAAAUAAAUACCACGGCGAUUAUUUUGAUGACAAUUUUCUUGCAUGAACCGCUAUAAAUACCCAAAAUGAGGAGGCAUGUGUCCUCCACAAGCAAAUGAAAUAAUCAAUUCCUUCUUUUCCCCUGUGAGCUAGAUAUCUAGUUGCCAGUGAAACACUUUCAUGGCUUCCAUUGGAGCUCGUGACCAGAACUCAUCCUACCACGUCGAAAUUCCAGCCCAUCCAAAUGCCAUGGAACAAAAACAACAACGUGGUGAUGACCACGUAGACUACUCCCAAAGGGCACAGUGGCUCCGAGCAGCCGUGUUGGGAGCCAACGACGGAUUAGUUUCUGUUGCAUCGCUGAUGAUGGGAGUGGGAUCAGUCAAAAAGGACGUCAAAGCCAUGCUUCUCGCUGGCUUUGCUGGCUUGGUAGCAGGGGCUUGUAGCAUGGCAAUAGGAGAGUUUGUCUCUGUCUACACUCAAUACGACAUUGAGAUGUCUCAAAUGAAGAGGGAGAUCAAGCCAGAGAGUGGAAUGGAGAACGGGGUCGAGAAGGAAAAGCUGCCAAACCCGGCACAGGCUGCAUUGGCAUCAGCAAUGGCGUUUUCAAUAGGAGCAGUGGCACCAUUGCUGGCGGCGGCGUUUGUAAGUGAGCAUAGAGUGAGGUUGGCUGUGGUGGCUGUAGUGGCUAGCGUAGCACUGUUGGUGUUCGGAGCGGUUGGAGCAGUGCUGGGAAGGACACCAGUGAUGAGGUCUUGCACCAGAGUGCUGGUUGGAGGAUGGAUGGCUAUGGCCGUCACUUUUGGGCUGACCAGGUUAAUCGGCACCACUGGACUGGAAAUGUGAUCUCGCCAAGUAUCUGAAGAAGUUGCUGCUGCUAGUGUUAGUGUGUCCCCUCAGUAUCUGAAGAAGUUGCUGCUGCUAGUGUUAGUGUGUCCCCUCAGUAUCUGAAGAAGUUGCUGCUCCUAUUGUUGGUGCUGCUAUUGUUAGUGUGCCCCCUCAGUAUCUGAAGAAGUUCCUGCUAUUGUUAGUGUGUUCCCUUUCUUCGUCUCGCUCAAUCUUCAUGCUUAUUUUCACUUUUAUUGUACCUGUGUUCUUAUCUGGUUGUAAUUGUGUUUAUCGAAUGCUUAUUUUCACUUUUAUUGUACCUGUGUUCUUAUCUGGUUGUAAUUGUGUUUAUCGAAUGAGGUUUAGUUGUAAUAAAAAAGUGCUAUUAUUCUCAGCUUAAGAAGGGAAACAAAGACUUAAACCUCGUUCAUUUCACC